AUUGCGAUUUUCCCGCUCAUUCAGUUUGCUUCUUCCUCAAUUCACCACAAACCAUAAGAAGAACACCACACCUUCUCUACCAAUACAAUUGCCACUCAACAGAGCUCCAAUGAAUACUAAUUUCACCUAUCGUUAAUAGGGAGGUAGGAUAGCCCGAUGGAUGCUCAAAUGCCCUCUGCUUUGAAGAGCAGUGUUGAAAAUCACUUUUCACUUCAAUCAAAUACUGCCUCGGACACUGCACAAGUCCCAUUGAAGGUACCUUUCGUCAUUGGUGUUGCUGGAGGGACUGCAUCAGGCAAAACAACUGUUUGCAAUAUGAUUAUGUCACAGCUUCAGAAUCAACGCGUCGUACUAAUCAAUCAAGAAGCAUUUUAUCAUCCAUUAACUGCAGAGCAGUUACAGAAAGUUCACGACUACAACUUUGAUCAUCCUGAUGCCUUUAACACAGAGCUUCUGCUAUCAUGCAUGGAAAAAUUAAAACAUGGACAAGCAAUUAGCAUCCCUAAUUAUGAUUUCAAGAGCCAUAGAAGCAUUGAAGCAGCCCGUGUGGUCAAUCCCUCAGAUGUCAUCAUUUUAGAUGGAAUUCUUAUUCUACAUGAUCUUCGUGUACGUGAAAUCAUGAACAUGAAGAUCUUUGUUGAUUCAGACUCUGAUGUGCGGCUGGCCAGGAGGAUACGGCGUGAUACUGUUGAGAGGAACAGAAACAUCCAAUACGUGCUAGACCAAUAUGCAAAAUAUGUUAAACCUGGUUUUGAGGACUUCAUUCAUCCAACAAAGAAAUAUGCUGAUGUAAUAAUUCCACGAGGAGCGGAUAAUGAUGUUGCAAUCGACUUAAUAGUUCAACAUAUUCGUACAAAGCUUGGCCAGCACCAUCUUUGCAAAAUAUAUUCAAAUGUAUUUGUUAUACAUUCUACAUUUCAGAUGCGUGGGAUGCACACGCUUGUACGAAAUGCAAAAACAACCAAGCAUGACUUUGUUUUUUAUGCUGACCGCCUUAUACGAUUGGUCGUGGAGCAUGGUCUUGGUCAUCUUCCCUUUACUGAGAAGCAGAUAACCACUCCUACUGGAUCUGUUUACAGUGGCGUUGUUUUCUGUAAAAGCUUGUGUGGAGUGUCGAUCAUUAGAAGUGGAGAAAGCAUGGAAAAUGCAUUGAGGGCUUGCUGCAAGGGAAUCAAAAUAGGCAAAAUUCUAAUCCACAGGGAGGGUAAAAGUGGCAGGCAGUUGAUCUACGAGAAGCUACCAAAAGAUAUUGCAAGUCGCCAUGUUUUGCUGCUUGAUCCAGUACUAGCUACAGGGAAUUCUGCAGUGAAAGCUAUUUCUGUGCUGCUUAGCAAAGGUGUACCAGAGUCUAACAUCAUUUUCUUAAACCUGAUAUCAGCGCCUGAGGGAUUACAUGCUGUAUGCAACAAAUUCCCAAGAUUGAAGAUUGUAACAUCAGAGAUUGACACAACCCUUAACAAGGACCUACACGUGAUUCCUGGUAUGGGUGAAUUUGGAGACCGUUAUUUUGGUACUGGUACUCGAGUUACUCCUCCAUAGCAAGUUCUGUCCCUCUUUUAUUCAGGGAUGGAUUUUUAGCUCAUAAUCUAAAUGUGAAUAGACAGUUUAUAAAGAUAUCGCGCUUUGCCCCCUUUCUUUUAACUAGAAAGAGCAAGAUUUUACUUAUUCGAGGGGAUGAAAGACAGAUAAAAGGAUCAUAGAUUUUAUGAUAAGAGAGAUAUCCGCGAGGCAUGACCAUAGAGUUGUAAUUAGAAUUUUUUGCAUUUCGCAAUACUAUUGUUGCACCUGCUUUGAGAA